ACCUUUGUGCUCCGGAAGGGGCUGACCACCUGGACUUUGUCUCUCCUGGAAAUCAUUGGCCUCAGGGGCUGGGCAGGGCCUAGCUCCCUGAUCCCUCCCCGUGGCAGACCUUCGUACCCACAUCUCCAAGAGCUGUGCCAGGCCAGGGGUUUGCAGAGAGAGCUUCUGUUCUGGCCUCUCUUCCCUGGCAGAGGUCAAUCCCCUGAGCUCCCACAGACCUCACACUCUGACUGCUGCCUCCCCUACUCCCAGGCAGAGCCAUCUGGGCAGGGCUGGUCAUCUCAGGCACGGUGAGGCCAGGCAAUGGCAGUGAAGUACGUCACAUACCAGGGCAUCAAGUUCCCCCCUGCGUAUAACUCUGAGCAGAGCCUGCACUUUGCCCACAAGGAGUUCCAGGUGCAGGACGAUGAUGUCUUCAACGUCACCUACCCCAAAUCAGGCACAGUGUGGAUGAUCGAGAUCUUGAGCCUGAUUCGCAGCGGCGGGGACCCAGCCUGGAACCGAGCCGUCCUCAACUCCAACCGCGUGCCCUGGUUCACUACCCGUCUGGGGUUGGAGUCUGCACUGAGCUACCCCCGACCCCGCCUGCUGACCUGCCACCUCCCCAUCCAGCUCUUCCCCACAUCCUUCUUUGGCUCCAGGGCCAAGGUGGUCUACACACUCCGCAAUCCCAAGGACGUCCUGGUCUCCUAUUUCUAUUUCUCCAAGAUGUGCAGCUCAUACGAGGACCCUGAGUCCUUCGAGCAGUUCCUGCAGGACUUUCUGAGUGGGGACGUGCCCCAUGGGUCCUGGUUUGAUCAUGUCAGAGGCUGGAUGGAAAUGAAGGGCAAAGAGAAUUUCUUCUUCAUCACUUACGAAGAGCUGCAGCAGGUAAAGUAACCCAGCCACAUCCCCUGCCAUUGUAGACUGGCCGUGGAUCCACUGGAAUCAAUCAGCCAGCUCCCCGGCUGGGGUAAAUCAGUAGUAAUUAAACUGGAGUCAAUGAGGCUGAUUCCCCUAAUUCAUCAUGAUGUAAAUCAGGAGUCACCCCAUUAAGGUCCAGUAG